UUUAGUAGGCUGCUGUCACUACUGAAUCUGUAUCCUAGUCACCCCAGUAAUGGUCGGACACAAUAACCCAAAGGAAAAAAGUAGUAUGGAGGACGCUGAAGCAGCGUCCAGCAGCAUGGAACAGAAUGGUGACAAGGAUGGAUCUGAAUCGAGUGCUAAGUCUGUUGAAGACUUAGAUGUUCGAUCAAGUGAUGAGGAAAACAUUCCAAACAAUCGGGAUGAGGAGGAACUUCAGUCUGUUCCAACAAUCCUUGAACGUAAGACCAGCCCCAAGACAAAGUUGGCCACAUUUGUGCCAACGUACGAAGCGACGCAGGACAUGUGGUCGAGUCACCGAUUUCCUGUGCGCGAAAGCUUAGCCCAAUCGCUGAUGCACUCCAUCGAGAAAAAAAAAGUCACAUCCGAUUUGGUGGUGGUGGUGGAAGAUAAGCGAUUCGAGUGCCACCGAAUGUUCCUGGAGGCUAUUAGUAAGUUUUUCCGCGAAUUGGAGCCCAGGGAGGAGUACCACCUCUCCCCGCAUGUGAUCAGCGCCCAUGACUUUGGUAUCCUCUAUCACUGGCCCUUCGAUGGGAAGGACAAGGACAAGGACUACAUCGGGCUUUCCUCGUUGCUGAAUAUCGUAAAGGCUGCCGAGUUCUUUGGCUGCGAAUAUCUCCUCCACAAGUGCUGGGGGAUGCUCGAGAUCGUCACAAGCGACAGUUUCAAUGUCAUGGUUCUCUGCGGCUGCUCUAACGACAGCGUCACACUCAAUAGCAGCUCAAUCAACAAGAUUCUGAUAGCCCGCAUGGCUGAGGGCUUUCUGCAGUUUGUCGCCAGCUCCGAGUUCGUCAGCCUCCAGCCUCCUGAAGUGCGAAGUCUGUUCAAGAACGGUUAUCUGUGGGUUAAUUCAGAGUUGGAGGUUCUGAUGGCGGCCAUCGUUUGGCUAAAUCACAAUUGGCCGCAGCGCGCAAGGUACAUCGGGUUCGUUGUGGAGGUGAUUCGCUUCCAUGAGAUCCCAUUGCACUCCCUGAUAACCUUCGCCAAGCGAUGCGACGGUCCACCGGCAUUGCGCGCAGUGGCGCAAUCCGAAGAUUUUAAGAAACUCGAGCGGAUGGCCCUCAUUGUGCUCCAAAAAUCGCCACAGCAAUGGCAGGGGCGCACGGGAAUUGCUCGCAAGUGGAUAUACGAUCAAAAGGCCGGAUACCACCACCGUCUCACGUGCGUGAAUCAAAAGUUCUGGGGAUACAAUAUGUUUGCGGACUACCUGAUCUUCCUGCAGACGGCGGGAAUAUCGCACUGCUCGACGCUGCUGCCUUGCGAUGAUCCCAGCAUCGUUUGCUGUCCGCCCCGAGUAUUAAAUUCAUCUGAAUCCGAGUUCUAGUUGUGUUGUACGUUGUCGAAAUAUCCACACAACCCCACCACACCAGACAAUGAAUACUAAAAUUGGAAAGAGUUUGUGCUGUAGCAGGAGAAGACAUCGAGCCAGUUCCACAGGUGAAAAUUAAACACAAUGGACAGAUUGGACAGUUUGUUCUUUUAAAUACUUUAUUAUAAAACUACGCGAAAUUCAAAAUGUUCUUUUUAUACAGAAAAACGAUUCAUAUGGGCAUAGUACUCGUAGUACUCGUAGUAUCAUGCCAAUCUGUUUUAAAAGUUAAUCAUAAAAUUCAGAAAGUGUGUAGAAUAUCGAUGCUUUUGAUUUAUAUGCUUAAUUACAAUAAAUAAGAAU